AUGAAAUAAGGUUCUCUCCUUCUUUUCUCUCCUUUCCCAUCAUGCUGCGGACCAACCGCCUCGUCUACUUCCUUGGUGUAGCAUUCAUACUAUUCUUCCUCAUAUUCAUAGUCUUCCCUUACCUGCAGCAGCCCACACCGUCUACUUACCUCGAUGCACAACAAAAACCUGUCGUAGGAGACGAACAAGCACAAAGAGGUGCAGCACCACAACCUCCAGCAGCCGGCGGAAAAGGAGCAGGGCAGGUCCCAACUUUACCUUUACGAUACCUCUCCUGGUUUCCACAUGGCGAUUUCGCAGAGCAACAUGAAGCAUUCCGUAACGCCAUUCGCAUUGCCUACGACACCAAACGCAUCAUAAUUGCCCCCAUGCUUCGCCUUGGCCAUCCAUACCCAUGGUUACCGUUUAUUGAGCUCGCACGACGAUACGAAGCGCAAGACAAAACUAUUUUACGACGUGUAUGCAGAACACACGAUCCAGCAGAACAGUGGCGCACUGAACUGGAGGAUUGCAAGACGAUGAAUGAAUGGACCGAAAUUCCCUGGUCUCUGAUAUUCGACUUGUCAUCGCUCGAAGCAGAAUUCGGUGUUCAGAUCAUUGAACGUACCCGCGACCACAAUUGGGGCAUGCAGGAGUCUGCGAUUUUUAACGUCAACAACGUGGAGGUCGUAGAUCCCAUGAGCUUCGCCGCGAACGGCAGCAGUGUCGAGCAUGGCGAACAAGUGAUUCAGCCACCAGAGCCACUCACAAAACCGCUUAAAAAGUUCAUGAAAGCGUCGCAACUGGCGAGCCUCGAUGCUACCCUAGUCCAAUUUGGCGCAUUGUCCUCAGCCGCACGCUACAACACACGUAGCGGUAAGGGCCAGUCGGCUCUCCGUCGUGCACUCAACAAGAGACUGUUUGUCACACCAAACAAUCUGUUACCAGUAACGCUGACUGCCAGUCAGAUGGUGGAAGCGUUGGGUGGCAGGAAUCGCUACAGCUCGCUCCAUUUGAACUUGGCCAAAUUUAUCGCGUUAGACGCACGGAUCGAUUCAGCAGAUGAAGCCUUACUAUCUAAUGUGGCACGCAAGGAGCUCAUGAAUGCAGUCGUGUUGGAGAUCUUUGGCGAUAUUCCGAUUAACCAGGCUGUAUCUGCCGCCAUGCCUAUUCUCGAACCAUCCCGUCUAUCGGAUCUGGUGGCAGGUCCACACGUCGAUAGACGCGAACUGCUGGAUGCAUGUGUCGAGUACCGUCGAACAUAUGAUAAACGUUAUCCCAUUUAUUACAUUGUCAACGAUAUUAUACAAGAUCCAAUGACUCGACCCGACUUAUUUGGCCCUCUGACGGAAACAUUUCCCUGCAUGUUCUCAAAGGCGGAUAUGUCUGAAUGGGGUAUAAUUGAUAAGGCAUGGGCUGCUCGUGUUCCACAGUUGGCAGAUCCAGAUGUGGACUAUGAAGCACUCCUUGCACCUGUGGUUGAUAUCCUUAUGGCAUCGAAUGCAUAUUCGUUUUUCGAAUUACCACAAACACGAUUAACAAGAUUCAUCUCAUGGCAACCGAAACGUUCAUGAAACAAAUGAGGAAGGACAAAUAUAAAUAUAUAUGGAUGGAUACCUGCAUGUAAUUACAUAUUGGACAGAUUUCAGAAAAGGACAUUGUACAUUAUACUACGAAAAAAGGCGCUUAAGCUGUAAUUGGCUGACUCUCAUAUAAAUUUCAAUGCACAAUUUUGUUUCAAAUCCAAGAAGCCUGCAUAAUAAAAGUGGCAAGUAGUGUAUGCCACAUAUGAUACUGACGACCCAUACU